AUGGACAGUAGGGCUGAUUUCCGGUCUAUUCAGCAGUAUUUACCGGUCACUCUCCAUGCCUCCGACGUCAUUUGGCCUCCAACAGUGGUUGAGUCCCUCAAGUCCCUCUCCAAGGGCCCGAGUCACAGCAAUGUCAGUUCCGGUGAACUCUUCGCCGCUGCCAUUGUAGAUCUCCGCAAGCUUCUCGGACUUGACCCUCUCCAUCCCGCUGCGCCUCUCGGUUUCUCCCUGUUCUUCAACGAUUUGAUGAAUAAGGAUGAUGCUUUGAAGUGGUUUGGAGAGGUGGUACCACAACUUGCUAAUUUGCUGUUAAGGUUGCCAGCACUAUUGGAAGCCCAAUAUAAGAAUGCAGAUGCCCUCAGUGGGACGGAAACUGGUCUCAGAGUAUUGGAAGUUCAGAAUCCGGGCAUCGUGAUUCUUAGUCAGGAAUUGAUUGCAGCUCUUCUGGCUUGUGGUCUUUUUUGUUUGUUUCCAGCAGCUAAGAGAGGCGGAAAAAAACCUCAACCCAUCAACUUUGACAAGUUAUUUGUAAUUCUGUACCAGCGUAAGAAGGAAAAUCAGGAAAAUAAAAUAAAGUGCUUGGUUCACUACUUUGAGAGGGUCUGCAAGAAUAUGCCUAGAGGUAACGUCUCUUUUGAACGGAAAGUUCUUCCCUUGAGGAACAGUACAGCCGAUUACUGGAGCAAGUCUGCCAUGCCACUCUGUAAGUUUGAGGUUCACACUUAUGGUAAAAUCGAGGACCAAUCAACUGAAGUCCUAGAGGUAGACUUUGCUGAUAAACACAUCGGGGGUCUCAUUCUCAAACAAGGCUGUGUCCAGGAAGAGAUCCGGUUCGCCAUCAACCCGGAACUCAUUGCCAGCAUCCUUUUCUUGCCUGUGAUGGCAGAUAACGAGGCCAUCGAGAUUGUCGGGCCUGAAAGAUCCAUGGAGUCCAAACAGCAGCAUAAGCUUGUGUCCUCAGUAUCCUUUAGCUUCAAGAAGCUCCAUCUUAUUGCAAGGAGGAUUGCAGUUUUUUUAUUAGCCACUUUGCUAAAAGUUUUCUGCCAUUGUAGAGUCUGA